CCAGAAUGGGCUCUCUCUCUUCCGUCUGGAAUCACUUCUGGCCCUGUAAAGCAGUUACACUGUUGCUUAGGAAAACAUGGCCACUGCCGGAGAUUCGAGAGGAGAGCUUCAGAAGGAAUUAGUCUGUUCUAUUUGCCUCGAUUACUUCGACGACCCUGUCAUUUUAAAAUGCGGCCACAAUUUUUGCCGCAUGUGCAUUUUGAUGCACUGGGAGGAAAAUGGAGGCGAUGAUGUGGGUUACCAGUGUCCGGAGUGCAGGAUGGUGUUUGCGAAAAUGAGUUUCACCAAGAACUACCUGGUGAAGAACUUGGUGGAUAAACUGAGCGACUUUGACUAUCUGAAGACGUGUAGGCCCUCUGCACCCUCAAAACCCGUGAAAAUGGACGGGAAAUGUGAGCGACACCACGAGGAGCUCAAACUGUACUGCCACACGGACAGAAAGCCCAUCUGCGUGGUGUGUCGGGAAUCCAGAGCCCACAGACACCAUGAUGUUGCUCCUGUCCCCGAGGUUGUUGAAGACAUGAAGAGUGAGCUGAAGCUGAGACUCAUCAAGCUGAACUGGCAGAAGUCCAUGUGCACGAGAGUAAAGAGCACAGACGAGCAGGCCAAAACCGAUGUCAAGCUCAAAAAGCAAGCUUUGAAGGAGAAGAUCGAAGAAGAUGUUGGCGCCCUGGUUCAGUUUUUGCUGGAUGAGAAGGAUGAUCUGUUGGAAAGGUUGGAGGUGGAAGCGGAAGCCACUAUCGGGCUGAUCGACGCCAACCUGAAGCGCGUGGAGAGCGAAGCGGCCAAAGUGGACAAAGCCAUCACUGAAAUUCAAAACCAGCUAAGUGACAGCGCUAACUUUGAGAGUAUCAGUAAUUCAUACUUAAGCCCCUGUCACGUAAACCUCAGCGUCCAGGCCUGUAACUCUCCACCAGAUUUCUCCGAGUUCACAGGCCCCUUUCAGCUCAUCAUGUGGAAGAAGAUGAUGCACGUGUUACACACAAUGCCUCAGAAUCUGACUCUGGAUUUAGACACAGCUCACCCCUCACUGGCCAUCAGCGACUUCGACACCAAAGUGGAGGAGGGCCGCGUGCGCUCCCAGGAGCCCGACAUGCCGCAGCGGUUCACUCGUUUCUUCGGGGUGCUCGCUACCGCCCAGUAUUCCAGCGGGCAGCACUACUGGGAGGUGGACGUGCGGGACAAGGGGGUCUGGUAUCUGGGCGUCACCACCGAGUACAGCAACCGCAAAGGCUUCGUAAACCUCUCGCCCUCCGCUGGCUACUGGAGCCUGUGUCUCCAAGACCGGCUGUACGCCAACGAGGAAGACUCGCGCGUGCCUGUGGCGGACUACUGGAACUCUCCUCGCGUCGGCGUCUUCUUAGAUUACGACCGGGGCCACGUCACUUUCUUCGACGCGGUCACCAUGAAACGCAUUUAUAACUUUGUCACAUACUUUGACGAGCCCGUCUCACCCUUCUUCAGCCCAGGGAAAAACGACCCGGGCAGCCGACUACAAAUAUGUCAUUUCUACUGAAAAUGAAGCGGUCCGCAAACAAAGAAAACGUAACGAUAGAUGCUCCUGUUUUUGUGUUUUGGUAAACAUUUCAGGGCAUUUUUCCCUCCUGGAUGUAGGGACGUUUGUUCUCAAGCUCUGCCGGUGUUUUGGAUUCAGUUGAUCUGAAUUUACUAGUUGCGUAGAGCUUUGAUACACCAUAAUCUGAAGGAGCGAACUGAAUUUCGUUUGCUCUUGAGUUAUGAUGUAGCCCCACUGAAAUUCAGGUAGAGAGGCAUUGCAGGUUUUUACGCAAAUGUCGACUUUAGCUGCUCUGUGUCGUCUUAUGUCUUAGACCUCAGUGUUGUCUUUUGUACAAUCAGUGGUGAAAAUAAUGAUUGAAUCAGGUGAAAAAUGGAUUAAUGUUUAAUAACAUUUAAAAUCGGAGAACCCUCGACUUAUUUAUAAACGGAUACGUAUUCCAUUAUAUGGCAUAUAUUCGCUUUUACCCCCAUGUUACAUUGCUUUCUUUUUUUUUUACAUGCUUUUUGGCAGUUUUAUCUGUAAAAGAUGUAUUCGUCAGACAAAUUACCCCAUAAUGUAAUGAGAGUGUUACAUAAGGCUCCGUGUUCAACAUUUUGUAAUAGCUCAGACUGCAAUAGGUGCUAUGCAACUUCGAAUAUGACAAAGUAGAUCAGAUGUGCCGCGAGGAGCGUCCUUCUGUUCAUUUAAUUAUGUAGAGAUUCAUUUUUAUAAAGGAGUACAUUCGAAAGCUGUGUACCGUUCAUGUUACAUCAUUUCAAUGUCAUUUUCAAAUCCAUUAUAUCAAAUAUCUUAAUCUCUUUUGUUUUAGCGGUAGUCUAAUCUGUCUCAUGGGCUGAUGAUAAAGAGAGAUGCUGGAAAUGUUCGGGGUUUUUUGUUUCCGUGUGGACCGAAACACGCACAAAGUGACAUUUCAGCACCUUUUGACCACGCUCAGAUGGUUUGUUGUUCAUGCCGGUAUUUACAGAACUAGUUUAUAUACUAGAAUCAAUGCGGUCAUUUGUACAAAAUGUUGUUAGAGCUGAGAAAGGACCAAGAAAACGCCAGACCAGAACCAGAUGUUUUGUACAUAUGCUGUGAACAUGAACACUUUGUGUUGCCCAGCUAUGAAAGUUUCAGUUUAACAUUUAUAGUACUUUAUUAAUCACCGUCUAUUUUGUCAUAAGAAAUGAGUUCAGCUUGAACACAUUGACUUUUUUUUUUUUUUUUUUUUUGAUGUAACAGAGACCUGUUGCAUCACCUAACUGCUGGAUGGCAUCACAAGUACAUUUUACUUUUGUGUGAGUUAUUAAAAACCACUGCGAUGUGUUACGUGUUUUUCUCUGCAGUAAGUAAUUUUAAAAAUAAAAUAUUACAACGAUUUUUUUUCCUCAGUAUUUUGUAUUUUAAACAGCAAAAGUUCCAUCUUUAAAAUAUAAAUUAGUGCUGUCAAACAAUAAA